ACAGACCCUUGGAUCCACAUUUCCUGCUGGACCAGUUCUGCAGCACUACAAGAGUAUCUUUAGCAUACUACGAUGGCAAGAAAGAAUAUCAAGGACUUCCUUUUGGAAGCACUGGAGGACCUUACACUGGAUAUGUUUGAGAAGUUUAAGUAUAAAUUAUCAUAUAUUGAUUAUGAUAAGACAGCAAAUCUCUCCAAGUAUUUGCUCAAGAAAGCCAACAAUCCAGUUGAACUUGCAGACUACAUGUGUGACCACUAUGGAGCUGACAUUGCUGUGGAUGUAGCUAUCUGUGUGCUUGAAUGGAUCAACCAAAGAGACACUGCAGCUAAACUCAAACAGGAUAAACAAAAAGCCCUGAGGCCCAAUCCACCCUCUGCUUCAUUAGUCCAAGAUUACAAGAUGAAGUACAGAGAACAUGUACAAAGGAAUUUUCACUGGAUAAAAGACAUGAAUGCUCGUAUUGGUGAGACAGUGGCUCUGAACUCCAGAUAUACAAGGCUAGUUCUUGCUAGUGGACAUCGCCAUGAAAAAAAGAAAGAACAUGAAAUCAUGGCUGUGGGACAGAGACAUGCAGAAAUCAUGGACGAACAAAUGAAUUCUUCCAUUGCUGUAAGUGAUCUUUUUAAACCUGAGAGGGACAGACAGGCACCAAAGACUGUAGUGAUAUUGGGAGCUGCAGGAAUUGGGAAGACAACGACAGUAAGAAAGAUUAUACUGGACUGGGCAUCAGAGGGAGUCUAUAAGCAGUUUGACUAUGUUUUCUACAUACAUUGUCGGGAGGUUAAUCUUACAGCUCAGGGGACUAUGGCUGACAUGAUCUCCAAAUGCUGUCCCAGUAACAAUCCACCUCUUGUAGAGAUCUUGAAGAGACCAGAAAAGCUCCUGUUUGUCAUCGAUGGCUUUGAUGAACUGAGAUUUUCUUUGGACUGGCCACAAAAUAACCUGUGCUCUGACCCCUGGGAGAUGAAGCCAGUGGCAAUCAUCCUGAACAGUUUAUUUAGGAAAAUCCUUCUCCCUGAAUGCUCCCUGUUGAUCACAACAAGACCAGCUGGGCUGCAGAAGCUGGAACAGUGCUUGGUGUGUGAACGCUCUGCUGAAAUACUGGGAUUUUCAGCAACUGAUAGGGAAGAAUAUUUCCACAAGUUUUUUGAAAAUAAGGAAGAGGGAAGGAAGGUAUUUCAGUUUGUUAAAGGAAAUGAAAUGGUCUUCACCAUGUGCCUUGUCCCCAUCACAUGCUGGAUUGUCUGCACUGUUAUGAAACAACAACUUGAAAGUGGUAAAGAUCUUGCACAAACUGUCAAGACAACUACAGGAAUAUAUAUCCUUUAUGUGUCCAUCUUACUAAAAUCUCUGAGCAGCAAGUUGAAACAGAACUUGCACAUUAUCAUUAAAAGACUUUGUUGCCUGGCUGCUGAUGGGAUCUGGAAGCAGAGAGUCCUCUUUGAGGAGGAGGCAAUCAGUGAACUCUUGUUAAAUCAGAGAGACACUCUCCCACUUUUUUUGAAUGAAAGCACUUUUCAGAAGGGCAUUGUUUGUGGGAGUGCCUACAGUUUCAUUCAUUUGAGUGUUCAAGAGUUUUUUGCAUCUCUGUUCUAUGUACUAGAAGAUGAUAGUGAGACAAGAGAUAAGCAAGAAGAUCCUAAAAGGGAUGUGAAAAAAUUGUUAGAAAACUAUGAAAACUCAAGAAAUGAUUUCAUGUUAACUGUGCGGUUCCUAUUUGGUCUCUUAAAUAAGGAACAAAGAAAUGCUUUGGAAAAAGAAACAGGGUGCAAAAUUUAUCCUGAAAUUAAGGAAGAAUUACUGAUGUGGCUUCGAACUAGCAAAAAAACAGCGUUAGCUAUUAAUGCAGAGAAAAUAGCAGUGAUUCAUGAUUUGGAGGCUUGCCACUGUUUGUAUGAAAUCCAAGAUGAAAGUUUUGUGAAAACUGCAUUGGGUUAUUUCAUUGGAAUAUAUCUACGAGACAUCAAUUUCACCCAAUUAGAUCAAAUAGUUCUUUCUUUCAGCAUAAAAAAGUGGCCUAGACUGGAGUCACUUGACGUGGCCUAUUGCUCCUUUAUCUCAGAACACCAUGAGGAACAUUUAGACCAAGAUCUAGCAAAUCUGUCACAUCUAGAAAAGCAGUCACCUAUUUACUUGAAGAAAUCACCUAUUUACUGGCUUUGUCAAUCCCUGAAGGAUCCAAACUGUACAUUAAAGAUCUUAAGGCUGGAGUGGUGCAAACUCACAGCUGCUUGCUGUGGGGUUCUGGCCAUGGUGCUUAGCACCAACCAGUGCCUGACAGAGCUGAGACUGCGUGGAAAUGCUCUGGGAGACCCAGGAGUGCGACUGCUGUGUGAAGGGCUGAAACAUUCCACCUGCCAGCUGCAGAGAUUGGGGUUGUGGGGUUGCAGUCUCACAGAUGCCUGCUGUGGGGAUUUGGCCACUGUGCUGAGCACCAACCAGACCCUGCUGGAGCUGGGGCUGGGAGCCAACGCCCUGGGAGAUGCUGGAGUGCACCUGCUAUGUGAGGGGCUGAAACACCCUGCCUGCCAGCUGCGGGUACUGGGGUUGUGGGGUUGCAGUCUCACAGAUGCUUGCUGUGGGGAUUUGGCCACUGUGCUGAGCACCAACCAGACCCUGAUGGAGCUGGGGAUGGGCGCCAAUGCCCUUGAAGAUGCUGGAGUGCGUCUGCUAUGUGAAGGGCUGAAACACCCUGCCUGUCACCUUAAAGAAUUGUGGCUCAACAAAUUUGGACUCAAUGAAGAAACUCGCCGGGAGCUGGCUCACCUAAAUAAAAUCAAGCCCAGCCUGAAAAUUAGGCACAUCUGUUAAACAGGAUAUUUUUCAGACUAGGUGUCAGGCCUCAUGGCUCUGACACUAGUGUAGCAUAUAGGUUAAAAUUUAAGAAGAGACCAAAUAAAUGUUUGUUCCAUUUUAAGGAUUCUGCUUUAAUGCCAGUAACAAUACUGAGCAUGUGAGGCCUUGACUGGCCACACAGUCUCAGAGCAAGUUAUCCUCAGGACAAUAGGAUCUGAAUUUUAUCCAAAUGCAGUUCAAAUAGAUCCCCCAUCACAAUCAUAUCUGAGUGGAGAAGGAAUUAGAGUGCAGAAGGAAAAAGGGCAGAGAUGCAUCAAGCACUGAAAAUGUGGAUGAGACAAGGAAUUUCCUUCUUUCAUACUCCAGUGAUUUCGGUUUCAGUGGGCAUGUGUCAGAGGCCAAGAGAAAUAUUUCUUCACUUUCCAUGGCUCCUUCAUAAGGAUUUGUGUACUCAUGGUGCUUUCUGUAUGUUUCUCUGAUUUCACAGUUCUCAAGAGCAUAAUUUCUGUCUCCAUUUUGACUAUAUAUUUGUCAAGGUUGAUGUUUAUACCACUAUUACAGAAUGCAAUUAUAGUUCCUUUUGCA